AUGGCUUCGAUCGCUUCUCCUACCGCCAUGGCGGAUGCCCAAUCCUUCCCCCAGCACCUCGACAUGCCUACCUGCAACUCCAAAUCGCACAUCAAGAAGAGGUCCAAGAGAAAGCAUGAGAGCCUCUCGAGCUCUCUGUGCGCUACCCUGGUCAAGCACCAACUAGGUAUUGCAGCAUUCCCAAGCCAGAGACACGACAAGACCAGCGCUGACCUAUCCCAGNGCCUGUCCAUCAACGUCCUCAUGCUUCUCGUCUUGACACAUGUCUGCUUCCCUAGCCUCCGCUCCUCGACAAUCCAAUAUUUCACCCUGUCCUACUAUGACGCUCAAACUGGCCUCUACAACCCGGGCUGGCAGGACCUGAAGUUCGUCUCGCUCUGCAUUAUCGUCUUCACCGCCCUCCGCGCGGCCGCUAUGGAUUACGCCCUUGUGCCAAUGGCCAGAAAGUGUGGCAUUUACAAGAAGAAGGCCACCAUUCGCUUUGCCGAACAAGCCUGGCUAGUCCUGUACUACGCUACAUUCUGGUUCCUCGGAACAGUGCNNUAUCUUGUAUAUGAAUCCCCAUACUUCAACAACCUACCCGCAAUGUGGACUGGCUUCCCAACACGCUCCAUGACUGGUCUCUUCAAACUGUACUACCUGGCUCAAUUCGGUUUCUGGUUGCAGCAAAUCAUGGUCAUCAACAUCGAGGAGCGCAGAAAGGACCAUUGGCAAAUGUUCACCCACCACAUCAUUACAUGCCUGCUCCUGAUUGGCAGUUACGGCUACUACCAGACCAAGGUCGGCAACGUCAUCUUGUGUCUGAUGGAUGUAGUCGAUUUGGUGUUCNCCUGUAAGUUUACACGACAUGUAUCGAUUCGCCAAGUUCUGACCAUUGUUGUACAGAUUGCCAAAUUGCUCAAGUACAUGGGCAUGCAGACCGCCUGCGACAUUGCCUUCGGCAUCUUUAUGCUUUCCUGGUUCGUUGCCAGACACGUCUUCUACCUCGCAGUUUGCUGGUCCAUUUACGCCGAUGUCCCCGUCGAGAUGCCCUACGGCUGCUACAACGCUGUGACUGGUGUCAAAACUUCCGAGGAUGGCGGUAACGAAGUUCUCUCGAAUGUUCUGCACGCUUACACCAGCGGCAAUGGCGAUGUCUGUUUCAACGAGAAGAUUCACUACGGAUUCCUGGGCCUGCUUCUCGCUCUUCAGGUCAUUACAAUCAUCUGGUUUGGCAUGAUCUGCCGUGUUGCAUACCGUGUGGUUCUGGGCAAGGGAGCCGACGACACCCGCUCUGAUGAUGAGGAAGAAGAGGAAGAGGAGGAAGAUACCCUGGAAACCGUGAGAGAUUUCUCUACAAAGGAGCCCGAGCUGCGAUUGGCACCGCAAGAGGAGGAGGUUGGUGUCGAGAGCCUAAGAUUCACACGCCGACCCAGUCCAGCGGCCAAGCGAACCUCCGAAAAGAGCCGUGCCAGCGGUAUCAGCAUACCCGGCAACCACAAGGACUUGCUGGGCCGCAUUGGCUGCGACAAGCCAGCCGGGGGUCUUGAGAGCCGCCUGAUUAUAUCC